AUGUUAAAAGUUGAGCUAUGCUCAUCAUUCAAGUUUUAUACCUGCUUUGUCAUUUUCAUUCUUGGUUCUACUGGUAUGCUGUCAGCGAUGGGUAUAUUCGUGGCUCUACUGGUAUGCUGGCAGCAAUGGGAAUAUUCGCGGCUCUACUGGUAUGCUGUCAGUUUUGGAAAAUAUUGGGGCUCUACUGGUAUGCUGUCAGUUUUGGAAAAUAUCGGGGCUCUACUGGUAUGCUGUCAGUUUUGGAAAAUAUCGGGGCUCUACUGGUAUGCUGUCAGUUUUGGAAAAUAUCGGGGCUCUACUGGUAUGCUGUCAGUUUUGGAAAAUAUCGGGGCUCUACUGAAGUACUGA